CUUUUUUCUCUCCCCUUUUUUUUCCCUUUCUGUUCUGUUAAGGAACUCAUCAUCUAAUAUGAGUGUACAAACACCUGUCAUAAAGUUACCUAAACGAAAGCCUAGUAUACUAGUCAAACAGUGUGAGGCGCCUGAGGUGGAUGAUUACCUCGUAUCGGAUACGCUAUUCAUGAAUAAACUACCAAAGAAUGUACGAGAGAGUGAUAUACGUGCUCUUUUACAGCAUUGUAUGCCUAUAGAAAUCAUCAUGGAUCGAGAGAAAGAUUGUGGGCAGUUACGAUUUAGUCACAUUAAAUUCGCGGACAGAGCUUAUUCUUUAUAUAACGGGUUUACAUUUACCAAUAAUGCAACAUUAGAGUUACAAAUGUACCAAGACAGCCGCUUAGAGCGUGAGGCAGAAGGCGUAUUAUUACAAGUGAAUGGUUUACCAAAGUAUUAUGAUGAAAAUAAGCUUUAUGAUACCUUUCGUCCGUUUGGUCCUUUAGAUUUAUGCAAAUGUGUUCCGGAUGAUGAUGGCUUAUAUAAAGGGACAGCCUAUAUACGGUACUUUUACCAGCAUAAUUCUGAUAAUGCACAAAAACGUUUGGAUGGAUACGUAAUAGAUGGAUACAAGAUAUCUGUUACACAGUGCAUGUUCUUAAAAGCACAUUCGACAUCACCCUACCAAAAAGACGAGAUAAUGGAAGACACUAAUGGCAGUCCUGUUAUUGACAAGAUGAAUUUGUAUGUCAAAAACCUCGAUCCAAAAAUCAAUAAUCAGGAAUUAAAUCAGCUGUUUCGAAAGUAUGGUAAAAUCAUUUCGGCUAGAGUCAUGACGAAUCCAACAACUGGUCAAUCCAAGGGAUAUGGAUUUGUCAGUUUCAGUAAACCAGAAGAGGCAGAAGCUGCUAAAGAUAAAAUGAAUGGCUUUAUAGUCGGCGGCCGUGCACUGACUGUUGCUUAUCAUGAACCCAAGAAAACCAGAGCUAACAAUAACAAUAAUAACAUGAAUAACCAUAAUAACAAUUACCAGCAACCACAACAAUAUCAACAACAUCAACAAUACCAACAGCAACAGCUGCCACUACAGCAAUCACAACAGUAUCAACAGCAACAACAGGAGCGCUCGUAUCGCCCUAGUUUUGUCUGUCAGCCACCUUCCUAUUUUGAACCACAACAAUCGUACCGAUCUAGUAGCAUAAACAUGAAUGUUAGAGAUCUUUCUAUUGGACAAAAGCCUAUGUACAGGAAGCCCUCAGAGCAAUACUCUCCCUUGACAACCAGUACUGUAAAAUCAUUGGCCUCACUAGCAUCAGGUGCAAGCAUCCAACGCACGCCAUCCAAUUAUAUUCAGCUACCGCCAAAACGACCCACCUUACGCCGAAAGGGUUCCUUAGAGUCUGUGAUGACUGAAUCAAGUGCGAAUAUACAACGGGCCAGACUGGAAACAGCUGUCAGUAGCUGCGGUGACUACGGCGAGCACAUUGGCGAUAUUGUCGACAUGCUGCUCACGUUGAAGCGAAAGGAGCGAUCAUUGUGUUUAUUCAACCCUGACUUUCUAAAGGAAAAGAUUAGCCUUGCUUUGGAGGCUCUGGAAGCAUGUCAAGAGUCUGAAGAAAGUGAGGAUGAGAUGGUGAUGGACGCUGCCGAAGAUGAGUUUCAGAGCUUAAAAAAAAACCGCGCUCCAAUCUCACCAGUAUACACGACGGCAUACCAGCCUAUGAGCCCUCCAUCACAGCCCAAGUCAAAGGCUAUUCCUAUCGUGGCUCCUCCUUCUGCGUCAUCAGCCUCUUCUUCUACCUCACAUCAGCAACCCAUGACCAACAAAGAUACCAACGAAGAGAUCCAAGCGCUUAUAACUUCCUUUGAAGGAAAGCCGAUUCAUGAAAAGAAACAGUUAUUAGGAGAUAAACUGUUUCCUCUUGUAAAAGCUACGGGUACAAAGCAAGCACCUAAAGUGACUAUCCGCUUAUUGGAUACUGUGGAUUUGCAUGAAUUGGCUAGAAUUAUGUUUGAUACCCCUUUAUUAAAAUCUCGUGUAGAAGAAGCAUUUAACUCUUUAUGAUAAUAAAAAAGUCCUACCUUUCAAAGGCCAUAUAAAAC